AUGAAGGAGCCUUGGUGCUCGCUUACCUCUAGUCAAAACAUGCACCACAGAAUUGUAUGGGCCCUCCAAAAACAGACACCCCUUGGAAUGCAACACGCAAGGAAUCCAGAAGGCUUCCCUCCCAUUGAUUCCUCUCUCCACGAUACCCGCUCUGUGUCUGAGCCUGCAGAUCCAGUGCUAGGUAUGGAUCAGCUUACUGAGAGCCUUUCAGCACAGCAGCGCCAAUGCAAUGGCCUUGGACGGCGUUUGGCGAAGGCCGAGUACAUCGUUAUGCAAGCGGCUGGCACAGCAGUGCACCCCAGAUUAGGCUGCAUUACGGCAUCUCCCAGUGGCUUUGGCCAUCUAGAUGCUCCGUUGGACGCAAUUUCUCACCAUCUCAAGGCUAAGAGCGCAUCACUUGCUCGUGUGCCAUAUCUGAGUUGGCACGCUUCGUGGAGCGGCUCUCGUGUGGGGGGCGUAGCUGCUACCCGCAUGAUUGGUCCUCUAGCUUCGAGAGCUAUGAAUCAAGACUCACCUCCAUGUGGACACCAAGGAGCUUCAUUUCCCUUCAUCUCUGAACGAGGCAAGGGGCAACUAAACUCUUCCGUAGCUAAUUUCCCACUCAAGGGAGCCAGAUGGAUUUUCUUGAUCGACCUCGUCCCUGGUGAUCACAAGAAGCCGGGGGCUCUCAGUUGCUUUGAAGGUUGCGUCGAGCGGAUUUCCGUUUUCGCUUCUGUCUCCCUUGGGAGCUCAUGA